GGAGCGCCUCCGUACGGUCUAUCCGGUGAUCAUGGAAGCAAGAAGUGGUAAUGCUCCAUUGAUUCUCCGCAUUCACCGUGGCUUAACACUUUCGCUUACCAAAGCCUCAAUUUCCACUGAAAUGCUUCGUCUCAGAAGCUAUCUGAAUGGCACAGCAAUUGACAAAAUGGUUAAAGCGUCUGAAAUCGAGGAAACAUUGUUUGAAGACAAAACCAAGUUGUCUACCCUAUCGCUUGUCAUGGGUCCUGACGGCGUAAGAGUGACCGGAUUACUGAGCCCAACUGAAAAAAUUGAGCCGACGAUGUAUGGGGCGAGAAGUGUUUCAGGAGGACUACCCCAUGUUGUGCGGAGCAUCCAAAGGCCGUUUCGUUCCAAAAGGGUUAUGCUCGAGAGUAGAAAAGAUAAUGGCCCUCUAAAGUGUACUGACAAGACUAUGCCGGCUAAUGUAACUGUUGAAGUUUAUGUUGUGUCUGACUACCAGCACAACAGGAGAUUUGAAGAGAACGGACUUCUUGAUCUACAUCUGCAUCUUCAUCAACAGCGAAUUGCUUAUGAGGGUGCCAUUUGCACCGAUGACUCUGUUGCGAUGGCCGAAGACGUCCCAGGUUCAUACAGCGGUGUCCUCGAAGCAGCACAUGAAUUAGGACACAGCAUGGGCGCUUCGCACGAUGGAAGUGAACCAAACAUAAAUUUAGGCAAUCACCCUGGUUCGCUGGAUUGCCCUUCCGAAAGUGGCCAUAUAAUGACGUAUGUUGACGGUGGUGCCCUUCGCUACAAGUUCUCUGAAUGCAACAAGAAGGAAAUUCGUUAUGUCCUCCGCCUCCGAGGAAAAUCAUGCUGGGACAUCAAGGCUAAGCAGUCCUACACUGUCAAAGGUGUCUACCCAGGUGCAUUGCUGACUCCUCAACAGUUCUGCAGGAUGCGGUAUAAGAACAACAAUAUGUACAGUUUAACGGAUGCCCAGUUUCCCUAA